AUGGCUAUAAUACAGACGCCCUUCGUUCCAGAUUCCCCAGUGGCAAGCUCCACAGACCAGCUCAACGCAGAGCUCGGCCAGCUUCUGCAACGCCUGCAAAACGAGAUUCUAUUCGUCGAUCCCGCCCGAGAAAGGAGGUUACGAUCAAGCGAGCUUGAGCGCGCAAAGUUGGAUAAGAACCUACAGUAUGCGCGAUCGGUCCUUACGAAGCUCGAGCAAGAGUCGAUGGGGCUGAAGGCGCAUUUGAUGAAGCAUGAUUUCCAGGUGGUUUUGAACCAGAAGAGGGAGAUGCUCGAGGUGCUGGUGGAUAGAUUGGAGGAUCUGGCUGAGAUGGAGAUUGACGACGAUGACGACGAUGCGGACUUGGAUGACGAAGAUAUCCUCGCCGAUAUAAUACCAACCCCCAGUGAGAGCAUAGACUCCCGAUCGGCAGACCACUCCGCCGAGCAACCAUACGCCCAAGAAGAAGAUAUCCCCGAACCACCAUCCGUUCUCUCCGAACAAGAGAAACAACCCGUACCCCCAACCCUACAAUCCCCGGUAUCCUCCUCCGCCCAAUCCACCCCAUCCUCUUCGCCAACCAACACCAGCGCCCCCGCCCUCGAUACCUCGCCCGCAACCCAGCCUACAACCACCGAAUCCUCCAUCCGCCCGCGUCGCCCGGCCCCCUCUGAAUCCCACACUACAGCCCGCGCCACCCUCUUCUCCCGGCGCAAAACCACCUCCCCCGGAACGGCCCCUCCCACAACCCAAACCUCCACCGCCACCGCCGAAGCUAUCCUCGACCGCCAACGCGCGGAGCAGGAAGCCCUCGUCGGCAACAUCCUCCAAUACGCCUCGGCGCUGCGCGACUCCUCGCAGCGCUUCAACGACACGCUUGAGAAGGACCGCGCCGUGCUGGAUCGCGCCGCGGACGGCAUGGAUCGUGCGGAGACGGGCAUAGAGGCUGCGAGGAGGCGCAUGAAUGUGCUUACGAGGAUGACGGAGGGGAAGGGUUGGUGGGGGCGGAUGUUGCUUUUUGCUUGGGUUUACGGGCUUAUGGUUGUUUUGGUUUUGGUCGUUUUUGUGCUUCCUAAGUUUAGGUUCUAA